CGGGCCCAGGGCCCCUGCCAGGCACUAGCCACACUACCAGGUCGUAUACUUGGAGCCCCCUUUUGCCCCCUCUCCCCCGCCCUCCCUCAAACUAUGCAGACUGCCCUUCGCUCGGCCGCUCGCGGCCUCGUCCGCCCCGGCGCCCCGCGCGCCGUUGCUGCCUCGCCGGCGGCCAUGCGCGCCCUGGCCUCCGAGGCCGAGACCAUCAAGAAGACCCCGCUUUACGACUUCCACGUCGAGAAGGGCGCCAAGAUGGUCCCCUUCGCCGGGUGGUCCAUGCCGGUCCAGUAUGCUGACCUGCCGAUUGGCGCGUCGCACGUGCACACCCGCACCGCCGCCUCGGUGUUCGACGUGUCGCACAUGCUGCAGUUCGAGCUGCACGGCAACGACCGCGAGCGCUUCCUCGAGGGGCUCACUGUGGCCGACCUGUCCUCGCUCGAUGACAACGGCAGCGCCGCGCUGACCGUCUUCACCAACGAGAACGGUGGCAUCAUCGACGACCUGAUCGUCACUCGCUUCCAUGACCACCUGUAUCUGGUGGCCAACGCCGGGUGUGCCGACAAGGACCUGGCCCAUAUCGCCCCGCUGAUGAACAAGUUCACCGCCGCCGGUGGCGACGUGCGGCUGGUCGUGCGCGAUGGCACCCACGCCCUGCUGGCUCUGCAGGGCCCGAAGGCGGCCGAUGUCCUGUCGACCCUUGUGGAUGACGACCUGUCCAAGCAGAACUUCAUGCAGGCCAAGACCCUGACCUUGAAGCUGUCCACCGGGCCGGUGGAGUGCCUGGUCACCCGUUGCGGGUACACCGGCGAGGAUGGCUUCGAGAUCUCGGUCCCGGCCGGCGAGUCGGUCAACCUGGCGCGCGCCCUGCUCGAGUGCUCGCCCGAGUCCGACGUGCGCAUGGCCGGUCUCGGCGCGCGCGACUCCCUCCGCCUGGAGGCCGGCCUCAACCUCUACGGCCAUGAGAUGAAUGAGGACAUCCUGCCGGCCGAGGCCGGCCUGGCCUGGACCAUCAGCCCCCGUCGUCGCCGUGAGGGUGGCUUCCUCGGUGCCAGCCGCGUCCUGGCCCAGGUGGCCAUCGAUGGGGCCUCGCCGGUCGAGCCGCCGGCCCGCGUGCGUGUCGGCUUCUCCACCGCCGCCCCGGCCCGUGGCCCGCACGACAUUGUUGACCCGGCUUCCGGCGAGGUGGUCGGUACCAUCACCUCCGGCGGCCCCUGCCCCUCGCUUGGCAACCAGUUCCGCUCGCUCGGCUUCAUCAAGCGCAGCCUGUCCAAGGUUGACACCGAGGUUGUGGUCAAGGCCCGUCGCGACAUCAAGGCCACCGUCGUCAAGACUCCCUUCGUCCCGCACAAGUACUACCGCGGCGCCAACUAAGCGCCCCGUCUUCCUCGGGAGACGUGUUUGGCGGCGUGCCGUCCCCCGGGGCCCGACCGCCAGAUCGCUCAUCAGCCCAUGUCCCCUCCCCCUCCUCUCCCCCGGACCCCUGCGCCCAAAGGGGCUCCCCCUUCUUUGACAUUGCGGGGGUUCCCCGGUCAAAAUACCGCAGGCAGGAUGCCACGAGUGCCGGCUACUCCGGCGGAGUGGAAAGAGGAAAUGCAUCACCAAGAAUUCCA